AUGAACCUUCGAAAAGUAGCGAAGGCGCAGCCGCAGUCGCCCAAUGUCAGCACGAGGACAUCCACUCCAAAGAGCCAGGCAAGCGAUUCACAAAGCACACCCCGACCCAGGUCCAGCCGCAAGAAAUCAUCAGAUGCGCCAGACACCAAAGCUAGAAGAGUACGCACAGGCUGCCUCACUUGUCGUCAAAGACAUUUAAAAUGUGACGAAGCCGUGGGCCGAUGUCUCAAUUGUCGCAAGUCGGAUCGCAUCUGUCGACGUGGGGUUCGUCUCAAUUUCAUUGAUACACAAACUGUAGCACCUCCACACAUCAUCGCUCGACCCCCCGGAUCGAAAGUGACAUUUCGAGAUGACUCGCGUUUGAUCGCGUCUCUGUAUGUGGGAGGAUUCGAGAUAUACCCGCCCAUCCAGCCGGAGAGUCCUGUACAAGAGAACACACAAUCACACCAUGACUUUGACUUUAUGGGAGAUGAUGAUUUGACAAAUCUCUUUCAAUCCGUGGCACAUUCGUUUGACCCGCUGAGCUUCGAUGUCCCCCAUCCAAAUGCAGCGGAUUUCGUUGGAACUGAUACCUGGCAUCAGUCUCACUUGGUACCUGGAGAUGAACUUCUCCCGCACGGAACGUCCCAUUUCGCGCGGAAAUUGGCUGGGAAACAUGAAUAUCAUGCUUUUCUCACCGACCCUGAGCAGGUCUCUCUUCUCAGAACUUUCAUGGAAGACGUUGGUCCGCGGAUGGACAUAAUGGAUGAAAUGAACCACGUGGGUAACAUUCCUAACUCUCUAUUCUUACAGUUUGCUCACAAAAUGCAGUUUUCCCACAUUCUUCCUGGUUUUGCCAUUGGCGAGCCUAUAUUGCUAAAUGCGUUUCUCGCGUGUGGGGCUCGACAUCGUUCUUUUGUAAACCCUUCUUAUGGGGAUGAAAAAGCGGCACAUUAUUAUGACGCAGCGACUCGGGACCUUCUGAAUGCAAUCCAUGAUCCUAACCGUGACUCUGUACUCUGCGCAACAGCAGCACUUGCCCUCGGCUUCUUCGAAACCAUGCAAACCCGGUCAAGGCACAAUGGAGAUCACAACGCCGGCUCCCGGGCUUUGAUCCGAGAAUGUGGCUGGACUGCCAAAACCCCCGGGCUAGGUGGGGCAUGUUUUAGGAUCAGCGUCAGUGCAGAGCUCCUGAACUGUAUGCGAUAUAAUUGGACAUUGUCUUGGGAUCCAAACACUUGGGGUGUCAACAUGGACAUGGAUCAUUCACAGGCCACCAGUGGGGGAAAUCAAGAUCUAUGGCAUCAUCGGAUACUUUAUAUUUUCGCGAGAGUCAUGACUUUCCAAGCGUCUUCCCGCUCAUCUCAUGGUUUAAGUGAUGAUGCGGUGCGGGCCAUCCAGCCCAAUGAUCAGGAAUGGAUCACCCACAACAGGUGGUGUGAGCAAUGGGCGAAAUCUAUUCCUAGAUCCCUUGUACCCCUCGGUCAUCUGCAGCCAUGGCAAACAAGUUCCAACUCGGUCUUUCCUGAAGUUUGGCUCGCCAAUCGAUCUGCCAUUGUUUCUCGAUUAUUCUAUCACGCCAGUCGUAUCCUGUUGACGAAAUCACACCCUUUCCAGUCAGAGUUCGAUGAAAAUAUGCGGAAAAUGCAACGCAGCCAUGCGCACGAAAUGUGCGGCCUUAUUGCCCACACUACAGACCAAGGCGUGGCCGAUAUAUCCCUGUGCUUUCUUGUACUUGCUGCAGAGUGCUUGGAUACACGAGAGGCCCAAGAGGAGGUACUCGGCAUCUUCGAUGCCAUCACUAAAGUGACUGGCAGCAGUGCUGAACCAAUCAAAAACGAUCUCAAACAAAUUUGGAGCUGGGCCGAUUCCCACCCGCACACGGUAACGCCAGCCCAAAUGCACAAUCACUUCUAUGAAUUAGACCCAUCUCUAUCGAUCUCCAAUCACCCAGGCCCAUCCCCGAGCCCACACAACCCUUUGUUGACUACGGGUGACUUCUCAUUGGAGAACCACCCAUAUCAAGCAUAUUAUGUGCCACCUCAUCACCAACAUGCACUCAAUCAGUAUCACUACGGAACAUUUGAUCUGAUAUGA